UCGUAUUUCUUCCUUCUUGUUCACACAACCAUGUCCGCGUCGUGGUUCGACAAGGCGUGCGGAGCGGCUGGCGGGACCCAGAGUCGGCCGGUGCCCUCCAAUAUUGCGGAUCAUUGGAGGAUUUCGCCAUGUGUCUCGAAGCGGCAGGGAGCGCCAGGAUCGCGAUUGGGCGCCCUUGGCGCCCCGCUCGGUUUUUCAUGACUUCGACCGUGGAACAGUGAUUCUCGGUACUGAGGCUGGGCGGGCAAUCCAACAACGAGAGUCAGGUAUUGAAACUCUCUCGGCCGGUGGAUUUUGCACCAUUCACGCGGGCUGGUGAUGAAGUGGGUGGUCAUGUGACGGGUGCCAAGGGGCAUCCCCUUUCGCCUGUGCUAUCCCACUGCCAGCUCCUCCAAUUGUGUUAGCUUUACAAGGUGAUAUUCUAUCGCGAACUCGGGGACAGAAACCCUCCUAUUGGCCAGAGCAGUGCCGAGCUGAUCAGAUGUCAGCAUGCACAGCGUACUGCGCCUCGUGUGCGCCUCGCCGAUGAUCCUGGUGCUUGAAGCCCCGAAGGAUUGCUGAUGACCUCAUUGCCGACCUUCCAUCAUCUUCUUAAAUAUGUCUCCAGCUCCAGCUCGUCUGCGAUGGCCGCGGCGUAAUGGCAAGACCAGCCAUUCGUCUUUGCCAGCAGCACUUUUGCCUACCCCCUGAUCAGUUUAGGCUGCAUUUCUGGUCUCUAUUUUUGCGCUUCAGGUCUUCUAGCAGUACAACAUGGGUGGCUUCCAUCGCCUGGCUGCAAAGAUUGGGUUGGGGAAGAGUAACGAGUCCACCGACGACCAAUGCGUGGCGCAAGGCUCCAGCUCGGCAGAACUACGUCAUGGCCAAGACAUCAAACACACCACGAUCACGAAGAAAGAGGGCAAGGACACAGAUGCCCAAGGCCCCCUUACACCACCGCCCGACUACGAGCCGGGCCCCCAACAGCCACAGCAACAACAACCGCCACAGCAGUUUAAUGCCCCCCAACCACAGCAUCGGGGACAGCCGUGGCAGCAGCUACCGCAACAGCAGCCUCAAAAUGAGGUCCUCCGCCAGUUCCCGGACAAGUUCAACCUGUACUCGACCAACUACGGCUUCUCGCGCACCUUUGUGAUAGGCAACCAGGAGCACCCGCAGAUAUACGCCGUCUGCCUUCACUCGGGCUUCAGCAGCUCGCCGCCCGUCGUGCUGCACAACGGGCCCGACCCGGACCGGUCCGACGUGCUCGCCGCCGUCGAGUUCGCCAGCUUCGGCGGCGACUACACCCUGACCCUGCCGCCCAUGCCGGGCCGGCCGGGGGUGGCGUCCGAGGUCGAGGUCGAGGCCGACUUUGGCUUCACCAGCCGCUGCUACCGCUUCGGCGUCGAGGUCGGCCGGCUGGGCGUCACCGAGGCCCGCGUGGAGCAGUUUGAGUGGCGCCACUCGCACGGCGCCGCUGUCGACUCGCUGGCCGGCUCCUGGUCAGGCUGGAAGCUGGUGCGCAUGUCGAGGGCGCCACCGCCUGGCGCCUCGGGCGGCUCGCCGCCGGGGAAGUUCAUGACUAGCGACGGGUUCGAAGUCGUGGCGGUGUGGGCGAGCGCCGUCAUCAGCAUGAGUCAGGCGGCCCAUUUCGACUUUGUUGGCACAGGGACCACGGGUUUGUUAGGCGAGCGCUGGGCCGUUGCGGCUGUCAUGUCGGCGCUGGGGAUCUGGGAGAGGGAGAGGAGGCAGAGGCAGCGCAGCCGAAAUCAUCAUCAUUAAUGUUAACGGCACGAUUGCUUCCCGUUCCCCCUUUCCUUGUCCUCGUACAUGUAGAACAUGUACUAGCGUUUGGAUUUCGGUUUUCCGUAUCGCCCAUCCAAUAAAACUGGGAAAUAUAGUAAAAGAAGGAAAAUGUAGGGAAAAAAAGAAAAAACACAGGGAAAAAAAACACAGUAAAAAGAAAAGAAAAACAAUGGAAAAAGGAAAAGAACAGAGGAAAGAGAUAAGAGGAAGAAAAUAUAAGAAGAAAACAACUUGCCAUCGCCAUAUAACAAUACGCCACAAAGAUACCUAGUUAUGCCCGGGCUAAAAAUAACUCCGCAACCCUGGCCUAAACUAAUCUUGGGUAGGUAGGUAAGGACCCUCUAGCGGGUAUAAAAUAUG